CACUUGCACUACCAUGUCCACCACAACACAUGAUGGUCUUCCGCCACUUCACACCCACAAAUCCUCUCGUCGAACCACCGCGAACCGUGUAUUUGUGGUGGUUCACUUUAGUGCCAUCUUAGCCCUGCUCUAUCGCCAUACACUCUCCCUCCUUCACUCCACAACCCUCACCUCUUUCUUCAUCACCCUCACCUUCCUCAUCUCGGACACUCUUCUAGCUUUCAUGUACACCACUACACAAUCUGUUCGCAUGAAACCAAUUAUCGCACCGAAUUCCCUGAAAACCUCAAAAGGGUUGUUCAAGAACCUGAUUUUCCAGCUCUGGACGUGUUCAUAUGCACAGCUGAUCCCUAUAAGGAGCCACCAAUGAACGUGGUGAACACGGCCUUAUCGGUCAUGGCUUAUGAUUAUCCAACCGAGAAGGUGUCGGUGUAUGUUUCAGACGAUGGCGGCUCAGCUCUGACUCUCUUUGCUUUCAUGGAGGCUGCCAAAUUUGCAAGCCACUGGCUACCUUUCUGCAGGAACAACAACAUAGUGGGACGCUGCCCGGAAGCUUAUUUUGAAACGGAUCAUUCUCGGUCUCCUGAAGCUGAGAAGAUAAAGAUUAUGUACCAAGGCAUGAAAGUGAAGGUAAACAAUGUAAUAGAGAGAGGCAAAGUCGACCAGGAAUAUCUAAAUGGAGAACGGGAAAUUCAAGCUUUUAGCAAAUGGAUGGAUGGAUUUGCACGGCAAGAUCAUCCCGCUGUCAUUCAGCUCACACAGAGGGAGAGAAAGCGUGACGAAGUUUUCAAUGAAGGGAAUGAGAGGUUCAGGUUGAUGGUGAUGGUUGUUGGUGGCCGUGAAGCUAGUCGGAACAAUGAAGGCUUGCCAGUCUCGGUGUUAUUAUCUGCAGAGGAAGAUGGCUGA